AUGAAAUGCCUAUUGUUAAAUCACAACUCCCAAGUUGAAAGAUAUUUUAUAAACCUAAAAUGUAUUGAAAAAACAAGCUUAUCUUGCAAUGAAUGCUAUUUAUCCAGUUUUUAUUGUAAUCAUCAAAAAGAUUAUAAUCUAAUUUCUGAUUUGCAUGAUUAUGUUGAAAAAAUAUCAACCUAAUGUGAAAGAGAACUAAUUAAGUUUCUAGGAGAUUUAGAAGAUUAAAUUUCAGGAUCGUUUUCUCAUUAAAAGAUAAAAUUAGAUCACAAUUUUAAAUAUCCUCACUCAGGUUGAAGGCUUUAAAUUAUUAUUAAGUCAACGAAAUGUUAUGUUAAUUUAUGGACUUAAACAGUUUUAAGGACGAUAUGAUUGAAAUAGAAAUCAAAUCCAAAAUUUAUUAAAUGAAUUAAAUGAAAAAAUCCAAUAGCUUCGUUCUAAAUAAAUAAUAUAAGUCUCUAGAUAAGAAACUGCUGAAGCAAACUCAUAUUAGAUUGAAGGUAUGAUCAUAAAUUAAUUAGGUUUGAUAUUUUCUUAAGGAGAAUAUUUGAAAGCUUUAAAAGCAUUUGAUACUUCUUUAAACCUUAAUCCAUAUUAAAUUGAAGUUAUGUUGUGGAAGGGUAAUAAGAAAAAUAAUUAGGUGAUUGUUUAAUAAAUAAAUAAACAUUAUUAAUAGUAUUUUAGUUCAUCAUACAGAGAUGCUCUUUAGUAAUUUAAAUAAGUUUUCAAAUUAGAGGAAUCUAAUAUCAAAUCAUUGUAUGGAAUCGGUAUAUUUUAAUAAUUUUUAAUUAGGAGAUUGUUUAUUUAGGUUAAACUAAUAUUAAGAAGCUAUCCAUUGGUUGGAUUAAGCAUUGAAGUACAAUCCGAAAAAUGCAACUUCUUUGUCAAAGAAAGGUAAUUGAUUACUCCUAUUAAGAAGGAGACUGCUUAAAGAAUUCGAAGAAUUAUUAUGAAGCUAUAAUUUUGUAUGAUAAUGCAUUAAGUAUCGAUUCAAAUUUAUUUUGGACAUCACAAUCAAAAUGUUUUUAUUAAUAUCAAAAUUAUAGGAUCAUGAUUAUAAGAUUUAAAGCAAUUCAAAGAAGCUAUAGAUUGUUAUGA